CCAGAAGCAGAGCAGUUCCCGUUCCAUUCCACAUAAUCAAUAGCCCCCUCUUCGCUCCGAGUAAGAAAACCAUUCUUGGUUUCGGUCUUUUCAGAAAUCGGUUUGUCAACAUCACGUCAAGUUUCCGAUUUGCGGACUCGCGAUUCAGAGUCUGUUGGUGUUGGCGAUCAUUGCAGCUGCGACAUUUCCCCCUUUCCAUUCCCCCCACCCGCCAAGCUUUCUAGCAAGAACUAGGGUUUCUGGUUCGCUCUAGCUUCCUUUGAGUCCGAUUAUGUCUUCCUGUUUGCGGACUGACGGGAGACGCUUUUGCUGACUUUGUUCGUCUGUCUCCUCUGCGGUUCCUCUAUCAAGUGCUCAUUCCUGGACAAUCUUCUGUUUCCGCGGAUUCUGCCGGUGGACACGGCCUUCCGAUUUCUGCAACCAUGCUGCAAUGGAUGGGAGGAUCGAGGAAGAAAGUGGCGACUUCAAGGAAGUCUAUAGAGAAAAGGCAAAGGCAAUAUUUUGAGCAAAAAAGGCGGCAGCAGCGGCAGCAGAUGGGUGGACUAGAGAGUUCCCGCAAUGAGAAAAACAUUGACGAGCAAAAUCAAAAGGAGCCUCGGUCUCUCGAUGUUCUCAGUUUGCUCAACUUGUCAACCAUUUCACGACAGGUGAAGCAUGCUGAUGCAAGUCCGUGUGGUAAGCACCCCAUGCCAGAAUUGUCUAAGGUCAAUGCUUCUGGAGUGCAGAGUAAUUUUCCAAAGACUGUACCUCGCAUGUUCGACGAUUCAUUUUCUCCAACUGAUUCACUAGAAAUUCGGGAAGGCCAGCAAGCACCUAUAUCACCAAAGAAGAUCUUAUUUCCUGCUCCAGAAAAUGCUCCUGAUGUUUCAAAUGGAAUUGUGGAUAAAAUUGAUUUUCAGGAGACUGCAACUCUGCAGAGUAAACAGCUUACUUCCACGCCUGAGAAGCUAUCGGUCUUUGAUUUGCUUGCUGAUGAUGGACCAAAUGCUAACAGUAGAAGUCCAGUGCAUGAAGCUCAUGUUACAUUUUCAGUUGACGGAUUGGGUGAAGUGGGAGCGGAUACAUCAGUCCAGGCACCACCACAAUCUGACAGGUAUGCCUCGUUUGGUUUCUUCAAUCCAUCAAAGCCUGUAAGGCAGGACAACUUGAAGAUUCACAAUGAACUUGAGAAAGAAGUGGAAGUAAUAAUAGAAGAUGUUGACUUGCAUCCAAGUUUCAGUUACCUGGAUUUCUCAAAAAUGGACCAAUUGCAUGGAAAAUUGAAGAAGUCAUCGACUUUGAGAGACCAUGGGCAACUUGAUGGCCAUUACAGAAACAAAACUGGCUCAUACAGUGGUAAAAAUAAUCCACUCAGGAAAGCGAAUGCCGAUAUAUGGGAUGCGGCACCUACCUUAUUGGAUGAAAAUCUUGUUGAUGAAAUGGAACCUAAGAUCUCUUUGAGUAGCUUGCCACGUCGAAUGGAUAAUGAGUCUGCAAAUUUUCCAAUUUAUGGAUCCAUGGGACUGCAAGAUGACUAUUAUGAAGGUUCCCGUUUGCUUAGAAAGAAAAGAAAUCGUAUUGAAGAAGUAGAUGGAAACAAUAUUUCAGGCGAAUUUGGGUUAUUUGCUCCAAAGUACCAAGCACCAGAAUCCAACGACGAAUUUUUACGUUUGAGAGAGGCUAGGUACUUGUGUAUUUCGGAGAAUAUGUAUAGGCUGUAUGAACUAUCUGCAGCAGACACUUACGCUGCAGUUGAUGAUGGCAGGCAGUGUCCAAUGGGAGAUGUGAAGUUUCAACCUGACUGGUCUUCCCAUAGUAUAGAAGAUCCUAGGGACAAUUUGAGCCUAUUGAGAAACAUUUAUGCUGAGGAGCCACAUAAGACAAAUAGGGGUAACUCUCAGAAAAGAGGGAAGGCAGAGAGACCAACGCUAUUGGUUUCAAAUAUGGGAGAUGACUUUGACCCUCUUUGCAAAGAGAAAAUAAGACCUUUCAAUGAUUGGACAUAUGAAGAUGGAUAUAGGCCCAUGGAUACGAAUAAGGUUUCCAACCCCUGGGAUCAAGAUCUUUAUGGUACAUUUCCAUCCCAUGGACACCAUGCCAGCAGUUCUAGUAGCUCCAAGUAUGGUAGUUCUGGUGGUCAUUUUUCCUCCACAUUCCCUGAACCAUCUAGCAGCAUGAAGUUACAUGGUUCUCCAAAAUACCCAAAGGUCAAAAUUCCGAAAAUGCAGCCAGAACAUUCUCUUGAUUUUGAGUUUGAAGGAAAGACUCCAAUUUUCUGCAAAAAUAGUGAUCUUUUCCAUGGAGAACAAUCGUUCCCAAAACAUCAGCAACCAUACUGUAAAACUGCUGGGGCUCAAAGGAACGUUGAAGGCAUGGGUGCUCUUUCAGAUUUAGGGGAGAAUGGCCCUCGCUGCAUGGGUGGUGUGGAAGACGGAGGAACCUUGGAGACUUCAUCAUCAGCCAACAUUCCUGGAAACUCUGAUAGCAGCGUUGAUGAAAUAAAGGUGGCAGGACGACGCCAACAUGAUGAAGCUGAAGAAGUUCCUCCUGCUUGUCGAAGUGGGAAAGCAGAAGUGAAAAGGAAGACAGCGAAGAAGAUGGACAAGCAGCAUUGUAUGGUUUCUUCACCCCAGGUGAUGAUGCUUGAGAGUUAUGUUUUUCAACUUCUGAGGGUGCAGAGGGAGGCGCGCUUAUAGACUCCGUGACCAGAGGAAGGUAUUAUGUACAUCCACACUAACCAUUUUCAUUUUCCGGGCAUAUGAAGUGACAAUCAGAAAGCACCAACUGCAGCUUUCUUGCAUCUUUCUAUUACCGUUCAGUUUGCCUGGCAGCCUUCUUUUGUAGAUCACUCUGAUUCGUAUUGCAUCAGCAGACAGAGAUAUGUCUGUCAAGGGACUACUGUAAGGGAUAUCGCCGGAUUGUAUUAAUCAGUUGAGACUUCUUCAUACUUCCAGACUCACAGAAUUUGGGGCCUGCCAUCUGUUGGGUGGUGCUAAGAUGUGUUAAUAGUGUUUCAUGCUAUGAGGCCUACUGAGUACUGACAAUCAUGGUAGUAAAAGGCUGUGAAUGAGAUCAUUGAACUAGGUAUACUGGCAGCACUGUUAUAUUCGUUCACCAUCUAAUUGUCCUUUAUUGAUUUUUGAACCAGAGUUAUUGAAGUACUUUGGUAUAGUACCACGAAAUCACCCAUGUAAUUGUUAACAGGAGUGUUCUUUCUGAUGUGAACCCACGCCAACUGGAGUUUCUCUACGUUGUUUUCUUCAAGAGAUCAUCAUCUCAUCGAAGGAGCGCUAGGGGACACGGGGAGGGAGCAGGCGAAGUGUGUCAACAUUCUACGUAUUUUGUUAAAUCGGCAUGAACUGGUACAAAUGAGAUGUACCACUAAUAGAAGUUGCAUCUUGUCUCUCAAAGAGAGACAAUGCAAUAUGAUGGCCACAAUCUCAAUUGUUUCGAACUUGCUCUUUUUUUAUGGUAUAUUUUUGAAAUCCCUGUAACCCAUAAAUAGGGUCAAACAUUAUUUCAUGGUAUUUACCUCUUUCUUAUUCUUAAGCGAGU